AUGCCCCCUGAGCACAUCAAUGGGGCCCAUCAAACACCGGCCCAAGCCGAGACCGAACGGCUAGAAGAUGAAAAAGCCAAGGCUCUCGAAGACAUCAAAAUAUGCGAGAAGGGCCACAUGUUGCGGAGGGUCAAGCGGGGAUCGCUCAGGGCCCCCAAUCUGGUCGCGAUCAAAGAACAACAACGGCUCAACUACCACUCGCACUACUUUUUCAACUUCCUCCCCGACAAGAUGAAAUCAGUGGACAUCAGCGAGGUGCUGGAAGUGCGGCCGGGCUACCGGACCGACAAUUUGCACAAAGCCGCGAGGAAAUAUCAGUUUCAAGAGGUUGCACCGGAAGACAACUGUUUCUCCGUCAUUUUCACGCACGCCAAAUUUCUGCACAAAUCUGUGGACUUUGCGGCUGACUCCAAGGAAAUCCGCGACACUUGGGUGAAUGCGCUCACAUUCCUGAUCAACGCCGAAAAAGCCCAACGUGCCCAGUUCAACGAGAAGCAGUGGCUGAUCCAGCAGUUUCACAGAUGCGAUUUUAACAAGAAAGGAACCCUGUCCUUCUCGGAGAUCUGGGAACUGCUGAAGCGGCUAAACCUGCAGUUGUCCGAAAAAUAUGCCAAGGCUGUUUUUAGCGAGUCCGACAUCGUCAAGAAGGACGGCCGGCUAAACGAGGAGGAAUUCUUGAAGUUUUUCAAUAUGCUGACGGAGCGGCCGGAUUUGGCAUUUGUUUUGAGGUCCUACUCCGAAUCCGGCGUGGAGGGCUGGACGGCCAAGGAACUGCGGAAUUUCUUGCUCGAGGAGCAGCAGUUCAUCGACAUCAGCGAAUCGAAGGCCGAGUCGAUUCUGGAGACGUUUGAGGGCGUAGAACAAGACGGAAAGCGCGAAAAGAUCAUGGGAAUUGUUGGAAUUCGAAGGCUUCUCCAGUCACGGUGGGGCGAUAUCCUGAAACCGGGCCACGAAUCGGUAUUCCAGGACAUGGACCAGCCACUUCCGCACUAUUUCUGCAACUCCUCGCAUAACACCUACCUGACGGCCUCACAAUUGAAGGGUGAAGCCACCAUCGAGGGAUACAUUCUAGCGUUGAAAAAAGGAGCGAGAUUGUUGGAAUUGGACGUCUUUAACGGCGAUCAAGGAGACCCGAUCAUCACCCACAAAAACACGUUUAUCACCCCGCUAUCGUUGCGUCAUGCCCUCAAAUCGAUUCAGAGAACGGCCUUCGAAACAUCGCCGUACCCCGUGAUUUUGACGAUCGAAAAUCACUGCAGCACGGCACAGCAGCAAGUGAUGGCCGAUUUGUUUAUUGAGAUUUUCGGCGACCAGCUCUACCGGCCGCACGCGCACGCCGACAAGCACCCAUUCCCGUCGCCGAAUCAGCUGAAGCGGAAGUUCAUUUUGAGAGGAAAACGAGGAGUUUUCGCGAAACAAGAAGAGGAAGAUGACGAGGAAAAGGAUGAACAAGCGAUUGCACACCUGGCCCCAAUGAUCGAAUCCGUGAAAAACGAGACGCUCGCUUCUUUGAUUGGUCUUCCGUCGAUCAAGGUCUCGGCUUCAACGAUGUAUGCCGAUUGCAAGAAUCACCCACACAACUCGUCCGCCUCGCUCGCCGAGUCGAAGGGCUUCCAACUCUGCGAUUCUGGCGCGCCAUUGGCAGCGUACACCGUCGAUCACUUUGUCAAGAUUUUCCCGAAGGGUCUCCGCCAAGAUUCCUCGAACGUGCACCCGAUGGCCUUCUGGACGGUCGGCAUCCAGGGAGUCGCCCUGAAUUUCCAGACAGCCGGCGAAGCGUUGGACCUUAAUGUCGGCCUGUUCCGGAUCAAUGGCAAUUGUGGCUACAUACUGAAGCCGCCGCACCUUUUGCAGGGAAAUGAUCUCCGAUCCUUCUCAAAACCGAAAAUCAAGCUUGGCAUCGGUAUCAUCAGCGCUCAAUAUCUGCCAAAACCCGAUACCGGCAAGGAUAUUAUCGAUCCGUACGUCAGUAUACAGGUCUUCGGAAUUCGCCACGAUGAGUGGAAGGUGAAGACCCGAACGAUCAAGGAUAAUGGCUUCAACCCGGUGUGGAACGAGUCGUUCGAAACCGAUUUGGCCUGCCCGGAAGUGGCCAUUAUUCGUUUUGUCGUAAAGGACUUUGACGCGACAUCAUCGAACGAUUUCGUCGGCGAGUAUACAUUGCCGGUUGCGAGCAUGAGGCCAGGCUACUCCUCAAUUCGCCUCAACACCGGCUACGCGCACACGGUCGACACGUCGGCCACCCUUUUCGUCAGAAUCGCCAUCGACCAUUUGGAC